CCUUCGUCAGAGCCGAAUUGAUCAACAAUGAUGGGGAACGGGAUAGAAGAUAGAGCAACUUGUUUGACCCAUCGGCAUCGGGUUCAACUCCACUGCUUCGAUGUCCGAGUGGUUAAAGCGGUUGUGUGGACUCUCCUAACCAAAUAAUUCUUUGUUGAAUGAGGACGACCAAUCUUUUAUUGUUUUUAAGUGAGUUCUCGUUGGAAAAACCAAUUGGAAAUUCCAUUAGCACAGAAGCAGUACACAGUGCAAAUUAUUUAUCUCCUGUUGUUUUGUGUAAUUUGAUGUGAGUGAGUUCACAAUGUAAGCUUUAGAAAUGCCGUUAUUUUAAUUGGACUUUGAUGAUUUAUACGAAUAAUAAGCUCAACUAUACCGAUUCAAAUCAAGGGGGAACUCCUCUAUCCCUCCUGGAAGAAUAAGAAAAAAAACAGUGGUGCGGCCACUAGAUUCAAAUCAUGAUGUCCUUCCAUCUACGCAUAUUGUCAGUUUUGGUCUUGUUCUUCGUCCUUCCUAUAAUCCUGGCACAAAUACUACAAGAAGAUUCUUGCUGUUCGAAAAAGGUCAGGACAAACAACUCAGCAUUUCGAGCGAAAUCCAUUGCAACCAAUAACGGCUGUAUUUGCAAACAAGUCUUUGGAGGAAGCACCAGCAUCUGUUAUAACCUCAACAAUGAACAGAACUCCUGUAGGACGUAUCCCAAACAAAUAGCGAUCAACACAACUGAAUUAAUCUUGAGAUCCACAUCUAUAAAGGAGAUAUUAGGCGGUGAUUUUUCGAAUUUGAAUCAUGUGAAGAUAUUGAGAAUCGAGCAAAACUCGAAGCUUCUUCGUAUACACGAAUUAGUCUUCAUGGGAAUGCAGAAUCUGACUGUAUUGAAUAUUGUUGGCAGUCCAUUGUUGAACAGUUUCCACCCUGAUGUAUUCAACGGUUUGACGAAACUCGAAGAACUGAAGGUGGUGAAUUGCGGAUUUUUCAAGAUGGAAGACUUGACUCAGGCGCUGUCAAUAAGGACGCUUCCUAGUCUUCGAAUACUCAAUAUAACUGGUAACAAUUUCGUCAAUAUAUCAAAUCAUGCCUUUGAUUAUAUGAGAGGUGAGGGGGAUCUGGAAUCACAACUCGAGGAAUUAGAUAUAAGCUCCUGUGGCAUAAAGAAUAUCGAAAAACAAACUCUGAAUCCACUGAAAAAAUUGACUUCACUACAUUUAGGUAACAAUUCAUUGAGAAUUGACACACUGGUAGAUAUUUUGGAAGGUGCUAUGAGUUCAGGAGUGAAGAUAACAUCUUUGGAUUUACAUUCGUUUGGGAUUAAUACGUCAAUACCAGAAUCACUCUCCAAACUUCUUGCUGCAUCGAAUAUAGAUACACUAACGCUAUCAGGAAAUCAAUUCGGUUUACUGGGGGAAAAAACCAUUCCUCACACCUUACCGAUGCUGAAAAGUUUGUAUAUGAGCAACGUUAUGUCCAAUUUCAUAGAAGACUCUUUCUUCUCCAGGAUACCAAAUGUGGAAAACCUGACCUUGAACAAACAUAACUUAUCCUACUUCACAAUACCUAAAGCAUUGUCCAAUCUGAGGUACCUAGACCUUUCUGAAUUCACGAAAAAUAGUCCCUGGGAGUUUUUUCACCUAGAAACUCAACUCGACGAGACAAAAAUCGAGUAUCUCGACCUCCAUUCCACCAGACUCGCCUUUCUGUUGAAAGAUUCGUUCAGGUUCAUGCCAGAUUUGAAGGCGCUGAACCUGAAGAAAAGUUUAAUUGCGAAAAUUAGCACUGGGGCUUUUGCGCAUCUUGAAAAAUUGAAAUAUCUGAAUUUGGAGGACAAUAAAUUCUUCAUUAUGUAUAUUCGGUAUCCGUCAGAGCCAUUUUUAGGCUUGGAGAACCUGGAGAGUCUACUUGUUGGUGGGAAUGCCAUAAGUUAUAUAAGCGCGAACGGAAAGAAUUUGUUCAAACAUCUCACCAAUUUGAAGUGUUUGGGGUUGCAAAGGAACAGUUUGGAAGUGAUCACAGCUGUGGAUUUUGAACCUUUGCAGAACCUUCAAGUCUUGGACAUAUCUGCCAAUCCCUUGUACGCUUGGGAUGACAGAGUUUUCUUCAGGAAUAGACUAGAGAAAUUUUACGCUUCUUCUAAUCAUUUCAGCUACCUGAGUCGAGCUAUGUUGGAUGAUUUUCGAAACAUCACCACCUUAGACAUCGAUUACAGUCCGUUUUCUUGCGAUUGUAGAAUGACCAGAAGGAUGCUCCAUAAUAAAAUAGUUCUUAGGGAGAUGAACUCUUCGUCCAGAUAUAGAAAUUUGCUUUGCGCUGGUUCCCAUGACUUGACUGUUCUAGAUUUCUUGGAAUCUGCAAAUUAUGAGGAGUGCGAACCUAAAAGAUCGUAUAUGAUGUAUUUUUUGUGGACAUUCUUUGUGUUUGCCUUCAUCGCAGCCGUGUUGAUUUUGAUAUAUAUGGUGAGGGACCAAAUUCCAUAUGCCAAUUCAUUUGUGAGGUCCACAGAAAGCCGUCAGAGUAUUUUGUGAUGAGCAUUUUUUUAUUUAUUCCAAUUUUUAUUUAUUCCAAAAAUUUUUAUACAUAUUUUGAAUUAAAAGUUAUUUCUUAA